UAAGCCAAGAUGGCGGCUGUUUUGUGCAUGAGAUUGUCCUCUUUUAUGUAAUAAGAUCAGGUCUCUAGUUAUUUGAAUGUUGUUUUAAAGGACGUAGUAUCUAUUUCCAAAGUAAGAGUCAUGUCUGAUCUGAAUAUUUUAUUCUGCCCUGAAGAUCUACUUGCACACAAAAAGAAACCUUCUCAGUUACCACUGCAAGGAGGACCUAAGGCAUUCGCUCCGGAUGUAGAUGCAGAUGAAAAAAUCUUGUCGUCCUUGCUUCAGGAACAUGGAGAUGUCCUACAGGAACAAAGAGUUGCAAAAAAGAGCAACUUAUCUGUAGGCACAUGGGUCCCUGGUGAAAAAGUUGUGGAGAUGUCAGUAACAAAGGGUCCUCACUGGCAGCACUUUGGACAUCAAAAACAUGGCAAAAUGUUACUACAACCACAUGAAGCUCUUUUUCUUCUUGAACAGGGAUCGCUGGCACUGUAUUAUGGUGGACUUCCAAUGUCUUUUCAACAGGCCUAUAUGACUAUGCUCUCUGAUGGUUUCUCUCCUGAUUUCUAUCUGGUUUACACUUAUUUUCUGCGCUUGGGAUUCACAGUUCUAAGACAUCAAUCAAGAAAAAAACAUGGAUCAGACACACAGACUGACAUGGUCAGCCCAGAGAAGAAAAAACAACAAGAAGCCGUGAGAUCUGUUGAAAGUGAAGGAAGUGUUGACACUGCUCAUGGUAAAGGUAGCAAACCACUGGCGUCAUCUCCUGUUACCCACCUUUGGACCAGUGAAGAUGGCUGCAGACCCCUUGUGAGGCCAGAGGAUGCCACCUCAACAGCUGCAGUUUUGUCCAAGCUACAAGUAAUCAAAAACCAAAGGAUGACUGAAGCUAAUGAUUUAAGCACAAAACAGCAAUCUCUUCAAAUAGCAUUUGAUGUUUAUCAGCCUGGGCUGAAUUUCAAGAAAUCAGAUCCAGGGACUCCAGACUUCUGUGUCUCUGUAUGCAGGUUUUGUGACCCUCCCCCUUCACUGGCGGUUAUGAGCGCUAUGAAAAAGGAAUGCGCUCGUGUUCCACUUAAAAUCGCUCUGGUAGAUGGAGGAAGUAUAUCUUUUUACAGUGUGCUGGAUGUCGACAGCCCCACAUAUAUCACGAGAGGUUAACGCGACUCGAAAACGUCACAACCCUACCAGCUAGCUCGGAUAACGGAAAAAAGGUGCUCAGAAAUGCCUGCGUGCAGUCGUUGUCAGUGGAUUUCAACUCGUGGCCAUGCCCUGAACUUCGCGUCGCACAAGCAAUGAAUUGUUUGAGAAAUUUCGACUUGCGAAUCUCGCAAUUUCAUAGAGUAUGUUGUUAGAAGAAAUUCUCAAACAAUGAAGACGUUUCGUUUCAUGUAAGGGACUAACUCCGCUUGAACGGCUCCCAGUUUUCGUUGCAUGAUGCUCCUCCUUCCUGAUGUAAGGCAAUUAUCCCCCAGCAUUUCACGGUGUAAUCCUGUUUCGCUGAGAGUUCGUCGGUAUCCGCUCACACUUCAUGGUAGAAAGAAGCUGAAAUAUUUAAAUGAAUGGCCAAUGAACGAAACUAAUUAAGUUGCCUCCUAUAGUCUCGAACUCAUACCUAUUCAUCAAAAAAUUCAUUGUCUUUUUUCACACAAAUCUCAGUUCAGUCACGGUGAGUCUUGCAGUAACUUUUCUCUGGCCUCUGAGAUAAGGAGAAGAGUCCUUUCCAUUCACUUUCAGGAUGUAAGCAUUGCCGCAUGAGUGCGUUGCCUUGCCUGGAUCCUCGCCCGCUUCACUGCGGAUGGAAACUUUUAGGACGACUGUCACAAGAAAAGCAAAAAAUAAACGUCUUUAGUUUAAGGGAA